AUGGCCUCUCUAUCUUCGCGUACGCCAGCAGAGGGUGCCGUGGUUGUCUCUCCGUCUUCUCCUGCCUCUUCUCCGAGCAAGUCCUUUGUCUUCUCUUCGCCGUCGCGAGGCUCCUCUCCCACGGUAUCGAGUUCUUCCAUGGCUUCCGCUUCGUUUGCGGAGCCUGUCGCCGCUUCUUCACCUUCGCCGUUGCCUGCCGUGUCGCAGACAUCGCCGCCUGUGGGCGCGACGUUGGAAGCGCUCUCGAGUCCCGGCGCCUUCCAGGGCCCCUCGCCGCCGGCGGAACAAAGUGUGGCCUGGUCGGAAGCCGCAAGUGUCGAAGAUGAUGCAGCAGAUGUGCUGAAGGCGACGGCGGCGAUUGUGUCAGCGUCUGUUCCCCCCUCUUUGAGCCAGUUCGACGCGCUCCCUCCUCCUGUCCACUCCUCCUCCCCGCCCUCCGGCCUGUCCUCACCUCACGUCGGGCGCCAAGCGACGCCACGCGAGGCGACGAGGCUCUUUGAAAAGCGCGUGAACGCUGCCAGAGAGGCUGCCAAGGACUGGAGUCCGCAGGGCGCAGCUCCUCACUCUGAAAACCCCGUCGGGAUGGAACCGCUGGACGAGAAGAGCACCCAGGCCGCGGAGCUCGAGGCUGGAGAGCGUGACGGGGGAGAGAAGCGAGAGACCGCGGAGGAGGAGUGGGAGAAGGAGGGCGCGUCGGCAGAGUCCCGCGGGAGAGGCGAGGGGCGCUCUGUGGCAUCGUCUCCGUCGUCGGACGCACCGCCUCGUGCGCCUCUUCCGCAAGAGUCUCCAGCGUCUGCGGGGCUUUUUCCUGUGGCGGGCUCCUCCCCCUCGCCUGCCUCGUCGCCUGCGGCGACCGCGAGAGUUCUGCAGGCGCUCGUCGCGGCGCCCGCGCCAGGCAGCUCGCCGUCUCAGCACCACGACGAGGCAGUGCGCGAGGCUGAACAGAUCCUGGCGAAGCAGAUGAAGGCGCUGGCGUCUGCGGAAAGCGCGGGCACGGAGGAGGCUGCAGGGAAGCCCCCAGUGAGAGCGACGUCUUCUUCGCCGCGCGCGGCCUCGUCCGCGGGGCUGGUGAAGGUGCUGAGUGGGAGCGGCAGCGCGAGUCUGGUGCGGCGCGGAGACGAGGGCAGCUUGCUGCGCCUUUUCCAGUCCGAGUACUUUGACGCCUACUUCCACAUGCACUACCUCUUCCACAGACAAGAGCCCGGCGUCCACGAAUACCUGGUCAACUUGCUCUACGUGAAGCGGACCGACGAGGACAUUAUCUUCUACCUGCCGCAGCUCGUCCAGCUCUCGCUCGUCCGCUUCAAAACGUCUUCGCUGCACCGCUUCCUCCUCGACAAAGCAAGUAAAAGCAUGCAUCUCGCCCUCAUGGCCUCCUGGCUGUACCAGUCCAUGGUCGAAGACAAAGUCACAGGCCUGGAAGAGGCUGCGCAGAAGAUGACGCAGGAAGUGGAGAUGGCAGUGGUGAACUGUAAGCCGCUGGGCGCCGGCGCGCAUCACGGCUGGAGUGCAAAGCCAGAGAGAGACGCGGAGACGAAGCGAGACGAACGAGGGAAGCAGAAGAGCGACGCGCUGUCCGUGGACCUCUUCAAGAGACGGCGCAUCGUUCAGCUCAUCCGUCAGCACCAGCGUUCCCUGGAGCAAGAGGCCGAGAGCGCGGAGACUUCGCACGCUGCGUCGUCGGCGCCGCCGCAGUCUGCGCCUUGCGAAGCUGAGGGCGAGCGUCUGGCGGGCUCGGGGCGAGAGCCGCGCGACGGGGAGGGACGGACUUCUCCCUCUUCCGCGCCGUCCCCCGAGUCUGCCAGCGCGUCUUCUCGCGCAUGUGGCGAUCCCUCUGCGGCCAGAGAGGGCAGUUCAGCUGAGGGGGACGAAGAGAAGGAGGAAGGGGGUCACGCGUUGCCGCUUCUUUCGUCUGUCGUCGCGUCUUCUUUCUCUGUCGCGGAGAGCGACCGCGAGUCUCCCUCGUCGGCGUCGCCGACGCCAGCCGAGUCGCGCGCGUCGCCGGAAAGCUCGUCUCUGUUGUCUUCCGCGGGCGCUUCAUCCGCCUCGCCGUCUCCGUCUCCGUCUCCGUCGUCGCCGCCUUCGCCUGCUGCGAGUGUUCGCCGGCGCGACCCGACCUCGCGCGGGACGCUGCCUGUAGGCACCGUGCUGCCGCGGAUGCCGCCGAGUCUGCGGCAUCUCACGGGCGCGACGACGCUACCGGGUGCCAAGGUGAAGCUGCCCUCGGUGUACGGGAAGCUGGGAAAUCCCCUCUCGCUGUCCACGCUCCAGCUGCCGCUGCUCUCGCCGGCGCGUUGCGGCGGAGGCGCCCGACGCCCAGCCGGCGAGGGGGAGGUGCAGGGCGGGGGUGGCAGCAAGGUCGAGGCCGGGGAGGGGCGCACGCAGCCGCAGCCGCGCGAAGAGGAGAAAGGCAGGCAGGUCAGCGACGGCUGGGGGAGAGACGGCCAGGGCAUGGAGGAAGAGCUACAGCAGUUCAUCAUGAAACAGAGAAGAUGCGACUACUUUAACACGCUUAACCACUUCAUCUCGCUCCUCAUCGACGUCUCCAACGCCCUCGCCCUCGAGCCCGACAGAUCCCUCAGGCCUUCGCUUUUGAGUCACUUUUUGGAGAGUCUGAACAGCUGGAUUCUGUGUCGGCGGCUGUACGUCGCGGCGAUGAUUGGCACGUCGACGAUGACGGGUGUGACGAUUCCGUUCCACGAGGUCGGCUUCGAUCCCAACGAAGACGCCCACGGGACGAUGCGGGCCGCCUCCUCUUCCUCCUCCCACGCCUCCUUCGCCUCGCUGCGGUCGGGAAACGCCGCUUUCCACGCGGCGCCGGCCUCGAUGCUGACUGCGGGCGCCCACGGCGGUAUGCAUGCGCGGAAGAAGGGUGCUCAGGCCGCGCUGGCGAGACGCGGCGAAGACGAAGAGCGCAGACGCGCGGUAGCCUCCAACGACGAUCAAGUGCACUCGCUGCAAAUCCUCAGAGUGGAGGUCAAGGAAUGUCGCGCCCUCAGCUCCAAGAAACGCGUGCCUUACCUCCUCGUGUUCGAGGUCGCCGACCUCGACGAGGACUUGACGCAGUUCGAGGACGUCGCCGACCUCGCCUCCUCGUCGGAAUCCGCUGCCGCAGCCCGCACACCCGGCUCCAGUUCGUCUGUGCGCUCCGGGGCGGCCUCGCCGUCUCCCUCGUCCGGCUCGCACCGCCACGCGCAGGGCGACUCGCGGUGCGGGUCGCGUGCCGCAGCCUCGCCGUCGUCGCCGUCGAGCUCUGCGCGAAGAGACGACGAACACAAGCACAGCAGCAAGGCCAACAGACGGAGAGACGAAGACGGGGAGGUCGCGUGCGCGCGGCAGACCGACUCCCCGCCCGCCCUCCAGUGGUCGUCGCUCUACGUCUACGAGGCCAUCGUCGAGGAACUCAAGCAACAGAAACUCCUCGUGUCGAAUGCGGAAGACGAGGACGGUGUGACGACAGUCCGCCGGGCUCUUGGUCUCAUUCCAUCGGAUCCUGCUCCGUCGACGGCGGCUCCAGCAACUCAGUCAGUCUCUUCUGCGUCAGCGUCUACGGCCUCCGCGCCCUCGACUUCUUCCUCCUCGUCUACACGUCCCUCGGAUCGCUCGUCGCUGUUUCUGUCGUCUUUCCUCGGCGGCGCUCUCUCUUCGAGUUCGCAGUCGUCGUCAGCCUCUUCGGCGGCCUCGACAGCGGGCGCGUCGCUUCCUUCGCCCUCGGAGGCGUCUCGCGCGGCCUCGCGGGGCUUCUUUGCUGGGCUGGAGUCCUUCGCCUUCUCCUCCUCGGCGUUCUCCUCCUCCACGUCCGGCUCCUUUGGGCUCCUGCAGGCCGCCGGCCUCGGCGUGCGGGCUCCAAGCCCCGGAGCCGACGGUCAGAAGGACGAGGGAGGCCGCAAGGCUGGAGACAGUGGAGACGGGCAGGAGGCGGAGGAAGUCGAGAUCGCCCAGGGAACGGCGCUCGGACGAAUGACCAAACAAAAAAAGCAACUUUGGGGCGAACUCUGGGGCGAUAAGCGAGAGCGACUGCGGCGGCGAUCGCCCUACGGACAUUUGCGGUCUUGGGACAUUCGCUGCGUGUUGGUGAAGGGAGGAGACGAUUUGCGGCAGGAGCUCCUCGCGUCGCAACUAGUGCGGCAGUUCAAGGCGAUCUUCGAUGAAGCGCGGCUGCCGCUCUGGCUGCGGCCUUACGAGAUUCUCGUCACGGGUUCGAACUCCGGCGUGAUGGAGUUCGUGCCCGAUACUUGCAGCGUCGACGUGUUGAAGAAGCGACACAACACGGAUUCGAUUGCGAGAGUGUUUGAUGUCCUCUUCGCGGACAACCCGUUUGAAGCCAAGAAGAACUUCAUUGAGAGCCAUGCGGCGUACUCCCUCGUCUCCUACUUCUUGCAAGUCAAAGACAGACACAACGGGAAUCUUCUCCUCGACGCCGAAGGGCACCUCAUCCACAUCGAUUACGGAUAUCUCCUCUCCAACUCGCCUGGGAAUAUCAACUUCGAGACGUCGCCCUUCAAGCUUACGCAGGAAUUUCUCGACGUCAUGGACGGCGAGACGAGCGACAACUACGAAUACUUCCGCACGUUGAUCAUCCGCGGGUUCCUCGAGGCCCGCAAGCACGCAGACCGAAUCAUUCUCCUCGUCGAGAUGAUGCUGUCAGCGACCAAGAUGCCUUGCUUCAGCGGCGGUCCGCAGUAUACGCUCGACUCGCUGCGAGAGAGAUUCAUGAUCGGUCUCCCCGAAGACACGUGCAUCGAGCGCAUCGUAGACUUGAUUGAGACGUCGGUGAACAACUUCCGCACGGUUCAGUACGAUAACUUCCAGCGCAUCACCAACGGGAUCCUCUGA